AUUUGCAGGCGUGGCUCUUUCUCGUCCUCUCUCUAAAACCUCUCUAAUCAUGGCUUCUCCUCCUCCUCCUCUGUAAAAUACUCUGUUCUAUUGUUCACGAUCCCCAAUCCAUGCAUUGUGCGAUGGAUUUGAAGAGGCUGUCAAACAGUAAGCCUUCUCCAAUUUUCUUACCAUUCAUACGCCCCUUCAACUGGGUCACUUCCCCAGUGCUACGCCAUCAUCACCUUCAUGACCUUGACCCUCCUUCUCCUCCUAAGCCGCCGCCGCCCUUACAGCCCCAACAGCAACCACAGUCUUCUAAUCAGGCUUUUCUUGACAUGGUACCUUCUAUUCUCUCUAGCAGAGUUCUAGAUUCUUCAAAGUGUAAAGAAUUGAUACACCAUUUGUCGCCUCAUGAUUUUGAUCAACUAUUCUUUUCUAUUCAUUCAAAUGUGAACCUCAAAACGACUCUUCAUUUCUUUCAUUUUGCUUCCGAUUCUUUUAAUUUUCAUUUCACGGUUCGGUCGUAUUGCCUUUUGGUUCGUUUGCUUCUAGCUUCCAAUUAUUUACCGCCCGCUAGAUUGCUUUUGAUCCGUUUGCUUGAUGGAAACUUGCCCACUCUGUUUAAAAACCGUGAGAACAGGCACCUUGAUAUAGCUGCUUCUAUGUUGGAACUUAAUGCAGUUACUGAACGGAGACAUGGUGAAUUGGAUUUGUUGCUUCAUAUCUCCUGUACCCAAUUUAAGAAAUUGGGUUUGGGUUUUGCUAUUGAUAUCUUUUACGCGUUUGCGAGGAAGUGUAUCUUUCCCUCUCGGAAGACAUGUAAUUUCUUGUUAACCUCCUUAGUGAAGGCUAAUGAACUUGAUAUGAGUUACAAAGUGUUUGAAGUUAUUUGCAAAGAUUUUUCUCCGGAUGUUUACACUUUUACUACUGCAAUCAAUGCAUUUUUCAAGGGACGGAGGAUUGAAGAUGCAAUUAAUUUGUUCUUGAAAAUGGAGGAGAUUGGUAUUUCGCCAAAUGUUGUCACCUACAAUAAUAUGAUUGAUGGGCUCUGCAAGAGUGGAAGAUUAAAGGAAGCAUUCCAAUUUAAAGAAAAGAUGGUAAGAAGUAAAGUAGAUCCAAGUCUCAUAACAUAUAGCUUGCUUAUUAAUGCUAUGAUGAAGUUGGAAAAAUUUGACGAAGCAAAUUGCAUUUUGGUAGAAAUGUUGAACAGCGGGUUUGUGCCCAAUGUAGUUGUUUACAAUACACUGAUCGAUGGGUUCUGCAGGAAGGGAAAUAUGAGCGAGGCACUAAGGAUCAGGGAUGACAUGUUAUCUAAGGGUGUAACACCCAAUUCUGUAACUUCUAAUACUCUUUUACAAGGUUUCUGCAGGUGUAAUCAAAUGGAACAAGCUGAACAAGCAUUAGAUAAUAUUUUCCUUAGUGGGUCAUCUGUUAAUCAGGAUGCAUGUUCUUAUGUAAUUUACUGGUUAUGCAACAAUUCAAGGCCUGACUCAGCACUACGGUUUGUUAAAGAGUUGUUGUUAAGGAACAUUAAGCCCAGCGAUAGCAUCCUUACUUCAUUGGUCCGUGGUCUCUGUAAGAGUCAAAAACAUUCAGAGGCAAUCGGACUUUGGUUUAGCCUUGCUGAGAAAAGUUUUGCAGCCAAUACUGUUACCUCAAAUGCUCUCCUUCAUGGACUUUGUGAACAAGGUGAUAUGCAGGAGGUUAUCACAGUGCUCAAAAAAAUGCUAGAGAAGGGUUUGGUGUUGGAUAGGAUAUCAUACAACACACUCAUUCAAGGCUUUUGCAAAGGAGGUGGAAUUGAGUAUGCUUUCAAGCUUAAGGAAGAGAUGGUUACGCAGAGAAUCCUGCCAGAUAUGCAAACUUACAAUUACAUUGUGAAGGCUUUAUGCGACAUUGGUAAAAUGGAUGAAAUUAACAAGCUUUUGCAUGAAAGUAAAGAAAAUGGCUUGGUUCCAAAUGUCUAUACAUAUGCAUCUAUUAUAGAAGGAUAUUGUAGGGCUGAAAGGAUUGAAGAUGGUGUAAACUUUUUCAAUGGGUUGGUUAAUGAGAAAGUAGAGCUAAGUCCUGUUAUUUAUAACAUACUUAUUGCCGCCUAUUGUCGAAUUGGAAAUGUAACAGAAGCCUUUGAACUUUGUGAGGCCAUGAAAAGUAGGGGUAUCCCACCAACUUGUGCCACAUAUUCUUCUCUAAUACAUGGAUUGUGCAACAUUGGCCGCAUCGAUGAAGCAAAAGAUAUAUUUGAAAAAAUGAGAGAUGAUGGCUUAUCGCCCAAUGUUGUUUGUUAUACUGCUCUGAUUGGCGGUUACUGUAAGUUAGGCCAAAUGGAUAAUGUGGAGGGCAUCGUACAGGAAAUGUCUUCAAAUAAUAUAAAACCCAAUAAAAUUACCUACACUAUUAUGAUUGAUGGGUAUUCUAAAUUGGGCAAUAUGAAGGAAGCCCACAAGCUUGUAAAUGAGAUGAUAGCAAGUGGAAUUGCACCAGAUAAGAUCACUUAUAAUACGCUUGGAAACGGUUAAUGCCAGAAAAAAAGCUACUACCGCUUUUGAACUGCGUGAUCAUACCCCUAGAAGAGAGAUAAUUACAUGUGAUCACUUAUAAUUACAUGUACAACAUUGAUCAAGCUCGUCAUCUGGAAAAUAAAGGUUUCAUAUGCUCUUCCCUUGGCUGCUUGAUGAAGAAUGAGCUUUGUCUUCAGAGGUUGGCCACUUGAUGUAAGAAAGGCGAGGAUUCGCAGUACAGCAAAGGUUUUGUUGCUUCAUAACCAAUAGCGAGGUUGCUGUUUUUUUAUUGAUCCUUUGCUCAUUAUAUGUGUUGAUACCAUUCUAAUUUAUUUGUUUUCUGGGUUUGUUACCGUUAGUAUGGGAACCAAGUAGCUGAUACCAUCCUCCUCUCCUAUCAUGCUGGCAAGAUUCAAACAAGAGAAGAGCGGGAUAUUGUUAAAGCAUCAAGCAGAGAAGAUCUCCGUUUAUAUUCUUUUCCGUUACUCGACCACAGGUUGUUUCAUGGACGACAGUUUCCAAUACGAAGGAUAAACUAAAUGAACUUGUGGGGAUAACAAAGACUUGAAGAAGCUUGCAAAUAGAAGGGCAAGCUCCACCAAAAGACCUGAUGGAAAUUUCUCAAGGCGGGGAAGUUGAUGUAGAAAAAGCUACAGAGGUAGUACUCUCCAUGGGUUCUGGUUCCAGCUUGUGGCUUAGACCUCUGUUGAUUUUCAUGCUCCUAUCAUGCCUUUAAUCUAUGAAGCUUCUGAUUAUCACUGA